CUGCGCAGUCUCUAGCAUCAGAAAAGUGCGUGUGCAAGCAGAACCUAUUCCACAGACCACGGGAGCAGGAUGUGUCGCUGAGGAAAAGAAAGAACAUUUGCAGUGCAGUCGAGAAACUCGUCUUAAAGGCUCUUUCGCCACCUUAUUUUCAAGACACAGGCAUCUUUGAACCGGACCAACAUGAUGCGCUUUACGUUUUUCAGCUGUAGGCAUUUCGUCCUCAAAGUUUUCCUCGUUCUGUUUCUUGCUUCCCUGCAAACCUUAGCUGCGCCCUCACCCAUCAUAAGGUUCCCAGGCGAUGAUACUUCUCACACAGACAAAGAGGUGGCCCUGCACUAUUUAAAUAAGUUCUAUGGCUGCCCAAGAGACAGGUGUAAUCUGAUGGUGUUGAAGGACACACUGAAAAAGAUGCAGAAGUUUUUUGCUUUGCCGGAGACAGGGGAGAUUGACCAGAAUACGGUAGAGAUCAUGAAGAAGCCACGAUGUGGAGUUCCUGAUGUGGCCAAUUACAAUUUCUUUCACAGGAAACCCUUGUGGGGACAGAAAAACGUUACAUACAGGAUCUUGGGUCACACCCCGGAUCUGGAUGAAGAAACAAUUGAUGAUGCCUUCUAUCGUGCAUUUAAAGUCUGGAGUGAUGUCACACCUCUUAACUUCACCAGGAUCAUGGACGGAGAUGCUGACAUUAUGAUUAACUUUGGCCGAAAUGAACAUGGUGACGGUUACCCAUUUGAUGGGAAGGAUGGUCUGCUAGCUCAUGCCUUCGCCCCUGGACCUGGUAUUGGAGGAGACUCUCACUUUGAUGAUGAUGAGCUGUGGACAUUAGGAGAGGGACAAGUUGUAAAGGUCAAGUACGGUAAUGCAGAGGGGGAGUUUUGUAAGUUUCCAUUUUUGUUCAUGGAUAAAGAGUAUACCAGCUGCACCUCUCAGGGUCGAGAUGAUGGGUUCCUUUGGUGCUCGACCACAUACAACUUUGAUAAAGAUGGAAAGUAUGGCUUCUGUCCUCACGAGCUCCUGUUCACAUUGGGUGGAAAUGCAGAUGGAGUGCCUUGUAAAUUCCCCUUCACAUUCCAGGGAGAUAAAUAUGAUAGUUGCACAACUUCAGGCAGGGAUGAUGGGUACCGUUGGUGUGCCACCACAGACGAUUAUGACCGGGAUAAGACUUAUGGAUUUUGUCCAGAGACGGCCAUGUCAACAGUUGGAGGAAAUUCAGAGGGUGCGCCAUGUGUCUUCCCUUUUACAUUCCUGGGCAAUACCUAUGACUGCUGCACUACCUCGGGGCGCAGUGAUGGGAAGAUGUGGUGUGCUGUCACCAAAAGCUUUGAUGAUGACCGCAAGUGGGGCUUCUGUCCUGAUCAAGGCUACAGUCUAUUCCUGGUGGCGGCCCAUGAGUUUGGUCAUGCCCUGGGAUUGGAACAUUCAGAGGACCCUGGAGCUCUCAUGGCUCCCAUCUACACCUUCACCAAAAACUUAAGGUUGUCUGACGAUGACAUAAAAGGAAUCCAGGAGCUCUACGGUGUACCAACAGACAAACCUUUGCCUACUCACACCCCACCAGUCACUCCAAUGGAUGUGUGUAAUGAAAACAUCAUAUUUGAUGCUGUAGCCCAGAUCAGAGGAGAGAUUUUCUUCUUUAAGGACAGAUUCCUCUUCAGGACUGAUGAUGCAAGGAAGAAUCCGACAGGCCCCAUGCUGGUGGCUACAUUCUGGAGUGAACUUCCAGACAAGAUUGAUGCAGCAUAUGAGAACCCUCUGGAGGAAAAGACAGUAUUCUUUGCAGGUGAUGAGAUGUGGGUAUAUUCUGCCAGUACUCUGGAGAGAGGCUAUCCCAAGAAGAUCUCCACCAUGGGUCUUCCUUCAGAUUUGCAUGGAAUCGAUACUGCCUACUCCUUCCACAAGAGCAAGAAGACAUACUUAUUUGCUGGCAACAAGUUCUGGAGAUACAAUGAAGCCAAGAAAAAGAUGGAUCCAGGCUUCCCUAAACUUAUUGCUGAUUCUUGGGCCGCUGUCCCUGAUGACCUUGAUGCUGCCUUCAGCCUUAAUGGUGAUGGUCACAGCUACUUCUUCAAAGACUCCCACUACCUGAAAAUGAACGACAGCAGUCUAAAAGUGGUCAAAGUCGGGGAAAUCAAAAGGGAUUGGCUACGCUGCUGAGCACCAGUAGAACAUUUAGUCUGUAGCACUCUUUGAUGAUCUUCAUCUCUAGGUAAACAAAGCCAGUGUGCCAUAUGACAGCACUUACAUUUACAAUACUGCCCCUCUUGGUUACCCAGACCCUAUGAAAUUAUAACCUGUCAUUAGCUAACCAGAGAGGCCUGGUGAUUUCAUUGACUGCCUGGACGUAUGUAAAACAUAGCUAAACAAGAAUUUACAUAUUUAUAACUGAUGUUGUUUUGUCAUAACUUGAGAUGUUUCUUGUUUAUUUUUCAUUUGAAAGUGUUUAGUAGAGUCUCUGCCCCUUAAUAUAUCUAGCCUAUGUGUAUAUCUUUAGAUUUUAAAGGACUUCUGACAUUUCCCAUUUUUUUAGCAGUGAGAUGCAUCUCCUGGUUUUUAUAUAUAUUUGCACAAAAUAAAUCCAUCCAUCAGUAUGUCAAAAGCACAAAUGUAAUAUGUUGAUGGUACUGAUAUUAAUUCAUGUUUUAUUAUGUAUUAAAUACUAUCGAAUAAAAAUGCCUACAUUACAUUUAAUUGGAGAACACAUUUUAAUACAUGAAUAUUGUGUUGCGUACAAACACAGAGACCAAACAUCUGUCAAAGCACAUCGUUUUCGUUAGUCUUGUUUCUUCCUCCCAUGGUACAGAGAGAUUCACCGCACGGGUUGCCUGAAGACUGUAUAGAGUUUGAUGCAUGAUGGACUCAUGUCAAGCAAGUAUCAUGAGAAUACAGAAUAAAAAUAUUUUUUUCUCUAUUUUUUUUUCAUUGACAUAUGCAAUCUGUUUAUAUUUGUACUGUUUUUUUUUUUUGUUUUUUUUUGUUUUUUAUAUAUAUAACCUUUGUCCAAUUUUUUACUAUCUGUCUCAUAAUAAAGAUUAAUUAUCUUUUU